AUAAUAAUUAAGCAGCGAAGAUUGAAGUUUUUAUAGAAAAUUCAAAAUGUAUAGAGCGUAUAAGAGGUGUCCCACCUAACUUGGGUAUCUUAAAUAUCUCGCUUAUUUUUUAUGAUAGGAAAAGAUGUCAGAGGAAAACAAUAUUUGGUUCGAAGGGGCAAAAGUAAUGAUAGAAAAAAAAUUUCUCAAUGUUUUCUUUUUCAAGGUUUCAAGGUUAUCGAAGGUUUCUUAAAAUAUAUAUAAUUAUAAGUGAAAUACAUAUAACGGAGAACUGUUGCUAGAGUUGUUUAUGCUAAGGGCAGACAGUUCAAUAGCAUAAGUGAAUUGAAAGAGGAAGUAAUUGAAAGUAAAUUCUGGCGGCUGUACAAAUUAUCGUUUCCAUGAUUUUAAAUAGUGCGCUAUUAGCACGAUAUUUCUGUUUUUACAGAUAAAACAAAUUAACAUCUUCAUAUCUACGUGACCAAAAUUGAUGUGGAAAACGUAUGUCGUAAAUCGAAAACUUUUCAAAUCAAUUAAAAUGGCAGCGAAUGUUUCGAUACCAUCGUGGUCCAAGGAAUCAACGGAUUCUAAAAGUGGAAGAGAGACCAACAUAAGGGCACCUUACAAAAAUGAAGAAACUGAUUUUAAUCUUUGUCCUUUUGAAUUAUUAUGGUCUUUUGGGACAAAUUCGGAUACACCUAUAAUAAAUUUAACCACAAAAAAUCGUACGAUCAUCGCUUAUGCUUGUUCGCAUGUUAUAAUAAUCUACAACUAUAAGACUAAAUACGCGAUAAGUCUUCAAGGUCAUAAGAAUACGGUGAAAACUUUAUCGGCAUCGAAAGAUGGAAAAUGGUUGUUGUCCGCAGAUUUUGAAAAAGAUUGCGUAACUGUCGUUUGGGACACCGAAACUGGGUAAUGAAAUUUGGAAAUGCGACGAAAAAAUCUGGCCCAAUUUUUUCUUUUCUUUUGCUGCUAAUUAGAAACUAAUGGAGAGGAGACUAGGGUGGGAGGAGGAGGAGGGCACGUUUCACAACGAGCGAAAAACGUAUCUUUUCGCGUCUCUGUUUUUUACUUGCGCGUCGAUUAUUACGGCGCAUUGUGCAACAGGUCGAAUUAAGUUAUGAGUAAAAACCAGAAAAGUGUACCAAUUUCGACUUUAUUUAAUCCACAUGGUGAUAAAGGAAUGACCGCUGCUAAAAUUAGCCCAAAUGCUAAGUAUAUAGUAACUGUUGGAAACGAAUUUCACCAAAAAGUUCAGUUUUGGCUAUGGACGUAUGGGAAAGAUCAACCUGAUGCUUUUACGGAGUUAAUUGAACUUUCUUCAAAUAGAAUAAAGGAAAUAGCUUUCAACGAAGACUGUUCCGAGGAGUUUGGUUUAACUGCCGAUUACUGCGUUGCAUUCCUUAAAUGGGAACAAGAUGAAUUGAAAUAUUACAUACCAAAAAUUUUGGGUAACGUACGACGAUACGGGAUCUUGAAUUGCUCUUGUUACAUUCCGAAAACACAACGAGUAUUAACAGCAACGACAAACGGGUACGUUCUGAUUUGGGGCACUUUUGUUGAAAGACAGAAAAAUAAGAGUAAGGAUCAGAGUGCAGCUAACAACAAGGAAAAGAGACACAUCAAGUCUGUGCAGUUAGAGAAGAACGGUAUUAUGGUGAUAUUGUAUCACGAUGGAAGGAUAGUAACAGGAACUUCAGAAGGACGUAUCAACUUUUACGAUCUUGAUUUAAAAAUACUCUACUGGUGCCAACAUAAACUUCUGGAUUCUAUUCGAUCGUUAAGUUUUGAUCUUUCGUCCACGUUAUUAGCUCCUGCGUCUGCGGUCGGUGAAUUUAAACUUGAAUCUGACGAAGAAGAAGAUUUCGAGAACGAAGAAGUAAUGGAAGAAUAUUCGGAAAUUAAAUUAGAAGAUAAUAUUGACGAGAGAAAGGUGAAAUAUAUAGAAAAAAUAGAAUCGAUGAAGUAUCGUGAUCAAGUUCCAUCGACGAUGUCUGUAUAUUUGGAAGAAACAUUGAAGAAUUACGAUAAAAGUCAGCAAGCAUUUACAAAAUUACCUCACGCGCCUACCGAUGCUACUAUCGAAGGUGCUCCUUUUUAUAUUGAAAAUUUCAUUAUCGGUUGUUUGAGUGGAAUAGUUGCGUUGAUAGAAAUUCCUACGUUAAAGUGCCGAUUUAUCUUUCAAGAUCAGAACUUUGCGAUAACCAGUUUAGAUGCGCAUCCUCGAAGCAGUUUUAUAGUCACCGGUAACCUACAAGGUUUCACCUCUUUAUACGAUUAUGAGAGACGUAAGCGUAUCGUAUGCAGGAAGACCCCGCCUCUUCCAGAUUUUCGUAUACUAUUGGAUAAACAAGCAAAGAAAGAAGCUAUAACUUAUGUCACAUGCCCACAGAGCCACGAGAAACUGAUCGCUGUUACAGCAUUGAAAUAUUCACCAACAGGUAAUUUACUAGCAUGUGGCCUUGAAAAUGGAGCCCUUUGGAUGUUGCAUCCUCUCACUUUAGAACCUCUUGAUAAAAAUCCUUACAAACAUUCCACGGAAUCGAUACUUAAAUUGGCUUUCACAGAGUGCGGAGAAUACAUGGCAUAUGCGGAUAACACACUAGUGGUAGCGGUAUUUAAAAAAAUAGAUGAUUCGCCAAGCGGUUCCCGUUUAUGGGAUUUUAUUGGAAAGUAUCAUUCUCAUACUGCAAAAAUAAGAGAUAUACUUUUCGGGCCAGCUACUAUCGAAAGCGUUGUAUAUCGUUUCUUUUCGGUAGGAGAAGAUCGGAACCUAAUUGAGUACGAUCUUAAAAAUAGCGGGCCAUAUCCUUUCCCUGGUUUGCAGAUAAUGAACACUUACCAAAUUGAAUGUGAAGCUAUUCCUCUUUGCCUCGCCUGGUACCCUAAGUUGGGCGUUGAAGGAUUUCUGAUGUACUCUAAUUCCGAAUACAAAUACAGAUUGCUAAACGAUAUAACGAAAACAAUUCGAGGAACAUUUUUGGGACCGCUUUGUGAUACCCCGGUUAAGCAUUUCAAAGUAAUAUCUGGUAAAGAAUAUAAAGCUGGCAAAUACAUGGUAUUUGCAACUAAUAAGGAAAUAGGCCUUCAAAUGCUUCCUUUCGAUGGGAAUCCUUACAAGAUUUUAGGAAUGAUAGGUCAUCCACGCAAGGUCAGUAAUAUUUGCCUUAGCAACGAUGGGAACAUUUUAUUCACUUUUGGUUAUAAUGAUCCGUGCACGCUGAUGUGGAAAAUAAAAUGCAGGUCUGUCGACGUAUUAGCGCAUUUAGGAGGUAAAGGACUUGCACCGUAUUAUUGUCUGAUAGAGGGUGGCGAAAAAGGUUGGCUUAUCAAUGAAAUGAAAGACCUGUUUUAUUAUGCUCAAAUCUUACAUCAAGGCGAGAAUGUAAUAACUCCCAGAUUAAUAUCCGACAAAGUGAGCACUAAAGAAAUACCGAAUCUCAUGCGCGUCGUUGGAUAUUAUCCCAGCAACGAGGAAAUAGAAAUCCUUAUGGGUGAAAUCUCGUACAGGGAUUACGCGGAGACCGGUCAUCUGGUCGAAGAAAUUCAAUUCGAAGAUUUUGUCAAAUUUUAUAUAAAUCAUCGGCCAGCUUUCGGAAUUUCUCUGCAUCAAAUACAAGAAGCUUUCCAAGUCUUCGCAAAUUCAGAUCAAAUCCCUGCCUCGCAAGCGGAGAAUCCAGCAUUAACUCGAGAACAGUUUAUGGGAAUAUUGCUUGGCGAAGGUCCUCCUGAGUUUUCUAUGCAAAAUGGCAUACCUUUUGGAGAACCAUUAAAAAUUCAAGAGGCAUUUGCAUACAUGAAGUUUCUUGUUGGUUUUAACGAGAAUUUGGAUGAAAUAUAUAAUGAACGAAACGGAAAAAAAUCCGCAUCCAUUGAUUUUACGUUCUUACCGGAGAGAAUAUCUUACAAAGAUUUCAUCGCGGACAUCAUGGGUAUUGAAUUGCCGGAGGAAACGAGGGCUGACGAUGAUUAAUUAAUCUGUGUGCCAUUAUUUGCAUUGCUGGCACAUUAACGUUGAUUAUUAUUAC